CACGUGUCCCAUCUCAGAUCAGCUUGAGCGGACAGAUGGAGGCAGACAGCACCGGUGGCAACAUGGAGGGGAAGGCAGACGUGGAAAUGACAGAAAACCCGUUUGAACCUUACAUUGAAUCUCUCCGACAGCAGCUGGAAGACCAAGAUCCAGUUUUCCUGAUCGGAGUGAUCGUCGCUCUGGCUGUGAUUAUCAUCACCUGCGUGUUUCUGAAGUACUUUCUCACCAGUAAAACUGUCCGGAGUGCUGUGCUGCUGGUCGGACUGUGUGACUCUGGGAAAACCCUCCUCUUCACCCGGCUGCUGUCAGGAAAGUUCAAGCGGACACAGACCUCCAUCACUGACAGCAGUGCUCCAUACAAAGCCAAAAAUGAAAAAGCGAGCACCUGGACUCUGAUCGACCUGCCAGGACACGACAGUCUUCGCCCUCAGUACCUGGAGAAGUUCAAGUCUGCAGCCAGAGCGAUCGUGUUUGUGGUGGACAGCGCUAUCUUCCAGAAGGAGGUGAGAGACGUGGCAGAGUUCCUCUACAUCCUGUUGACGGACACCGUGAUCUCCAGAAACGCUCCAGCUCUCCUGGUGGCCUGCAACAAACAAGAUAUCACCAUGGCAAAAUCAGCUAAACUGAUUCAACAGCAGCUGGAAAAGGAAUUGAACACAUUGCGAGUGACGCGCUCUGCAGCCCUGAGCUCUCAGGACGGCUCUGUGGGCGGCAGCGUGUAUCUGGGGAGAAAAGGCAAGGACUUUGAGUUCGGCCAGCUGCCCCUGAAGGUGGAGUUCCUGGAGUGCAGCGCCCGAGGAAACAAAGGAGAAGAGGGGGAAGCUGACAUGGAGAGCCUGGAGAAGAGCCUGGCUAAACUGUGAAGGCACAAACUCAACGUCCUCGGUGCAGAACUUGACUUACAGACCUCUGAUCAAGAUCCACACUCACUCUGUAAUCAAAGGAGAAAAACAUCUCAGUGGAGGAUUUAUCCGACAGGAGUGACCAGUCUGUGCUGGCUGCCAAUGUAAAACUUAAUUACAUUAAAAGGUGGAAGAACUUUUGAGACAUAUUCAAUCAAAAAACACCAAAAGGACUGAAAAGUAAUGCAACGGAAAAUGAUGUAGCAGCGUGUCGGGUUGCUGGGAAACCAUCCUGAGCUUAUUCAGUGUAAAUCUAACUGUGAACAUCCACCUUUAAGUGCUGUGUCUGGCUUCUUUAGAAAAUACAUAAAAGAAUUUUGUUAAAUUAGUUGCUGUUGCUGCAAUUUAAAGAGAAAUGAUUAUCGGCUGUCAGAUUUCACCAUUUUAGUUUAAAACAUGUCUCAGCUGGUUUGAUUUAUAAGCUGCCUUGUGAAAACAGACGAGUGUGAUUGGAUUUAUUGCCUUGUGCCUUUUUUUUCCUCUGGUGUUAUAGAAUUUUGCUCGUUUGCAAAAGAAUGACAGUUUACUUGUUUGAAAGUGUUGCGUGAAUACAGUGCAUUUGCAAUGAAUGUAUGACUUUAAGAUUUUGUUUGUUUGGCCUGUUUAAGAAAACUGACAAUAUAAAAGUUUUUGAUGCUUGAUGCAAAUGAAGUCCAUAGAUUCAUACAAACAGCACAAUUUCUUAAAUGUCAGCAGAAGAUCAGAUGGUGUGUGUGGUGUUAAACAGAUUCAGCCUGGAAUGAUUAAUAAGCAGCAAACAUGAUUUAAUCAACACAUACAGAAGAAAAUCUUAAUUGUUCAUGAUUUCACGGAGGUUAAAUCACAAGGCGCUACUUUUCAUUAAUUUUAAAAACAGCACCCCGUCUCGUUAGGUCACCACAAAACCCCAAGCAGUUUAUAAGUGGCUGUUUAAUCUGUGACAGCACGGCAUAUUUAAAUGUCUUCAGUCUUCUUCUCUUCUUUGUCUGCCACCUGGUUUUCUGAGAUGUUUUUACUCUACAAAAGCACCGCAGACUCAGUUAAACAUGCACAUUUCUUCUGUCUCUCAUGUGGUACUUUUACAGUCCACAAAAAUCCAUGUAUUGCAAAAUAGAUUUCAAAGGAUGACAUUUCUUUAUAGGACCACACGCAUGCACAAAACCCCAAAUGGGCCAUAAACAAUGACUAAAUCUGGCAUUAAAAACAAAUACACAUUUAGUUUGUUGAAUAUAGUGUGACAUUUCUGUUUUUCUGCUUCUGUAAAAGAAGCUUCCUCUAUUCACAGCUGUCUGGAAACACAGUUAUCAAAUUUAAGCUUCAUUCAAGGUUCAGUUGGUAACUU